AUGUUGCGCCAACUCCGGCUGAAGUGCCGCUGCCACAUGUUGUUUAGCGACUUGAAGGUUUUGCCGUUCAGGCGACCUGCCCCUCCGCCUCCUGCGAUGAACUACGACCAAAUCUCACACCCGAUCACCCAUGGACUCCCGCCCACCAACAACACUAUCGCGCCGGCUGUUAAAGAGACCAAGUGGCGGCCAGGCGGCUCGGCACCGGCCGAGGAUCGCUGUCAGGAGCAGGAUUCCAGCAGCUACGAUCAGGCCACUGCUUUGGCGAGUUCUGCGGAAGAGGGGUAUUUCCGAAGGAAAGGCGAAGACAGGGUAUCCCUGAGCAGUAGCAUCGCCAGCGGCUGCAGGUCCCCCCAGUGUCGGAUCUGUUUCCAAGGCCCGGAGCAGGGGGACCUGCUGAGCCCGUGUCGCUGUGCUGGUUCUGUGCGUUGUACCCACCAACCGUGCCUAAUAAAAUGGAUAAGUGAGAGGGGAUCCUGGAGUUGUGAGUUAUGUUACUAUAAAUACCACGUCAUCGCCAUCAGUGCCAAGAACCCUCUCCAGUGGCAGGCAAUCUCCCUGACAGUGAUUGAGAGAGUGCAAAUUGCAGCCGCAAUCCUCGGCUCCUUGUUCCUCAUCGCAAGUAUUUCUUGGUUGGUCUGGUCAACAAUCAGCCCUUCAGCAAAGUGGCAGAGACAGGACCUCCUCUUCCAGAUCUGCUAUGGAAUGUAUGGAUUCAUGGACAUUAUCUGCAUUGGACUGAUUAUCCACGAGGGACCAUCUGUUUAUCGGAUAUUUAAGCGCUGGCAAGCUGUUAACCAGCAGUGGAAAGUUCUGAACUAUGAAAAAUCCAAGGACGUUGAGGAUCAGAAAGACAACGCAAAUGGGAACAGGACCUCAGGGACAGAGCACACUUCCAACACACAAAAUACUGUCCAGGGCGAUCGGCCAAUGAUAUCUGUGCCCAGUCAUUACUGCGCGUACACCAUCCUGCACAUCCUCAACCAUCUAAGGCCUAAUGAACAGAGGCACCAGACAAAUACAGGCAGAGAACUGGUGAUGAGGGUGACUACGGUGUGAUGCCGGGAGCUGCAUGAUGAAUCUUUGUUAAUUUGGAAUGACUUUGAGUGGAAGAACAAAGACUGAGAUUUGGAUGGUCGAGGAUCAUUAUGAAUGCCAUGGUUGGCUGUGGAAUUAGACUCAACUGGAACUGAAUUGUUCAAAGGAAAUUCUCCCAUUUCUUAAUUGACUGUCAGUAAAU